AUGUCUGGCCUUGGUAAAAGAAGAAAAGGACCCGGAAAUGGUGGUGCACAGCGGCAUCGUAAAAUUUUGUGUGAUAACAUCCAAGGUAUCACCAAUUCUGCCAUCAGACGUCUAACUCGACGAGGUGUAUUCAAGCGAAUCUCUGGUCUCAUCUAUGAAGAAACCAGAGGAGUUCUCAAAGUUUUCCUUCAGAACGUUAUCCGUGAUGCUGUCACAUUCACCGAGCACGUAAAGAGGAAAACAGUGACUGCCAUGGACAUAGUGCACGUCCUUUGUACUGUUUUGGAGGCAAAUUUUUUUUGCCGCUUGUUCAACGUCUUUUUCCUGUGUCUUUAA